AUGGUUGUAAUUUUGACGCUAAAAUUCAAUGAUCAAGAAUUUCUUGGAGAGGCUACUUGUGUUCUAUCUGAGAUAGUGGUUAAACAAACUCGGAGCUUAACCCUAAAUCUCAAUAACAAAAAUGGGCAUACGAGCUUGAGGAACUUAGGGGCACUCACUAUCCAUGCAGAGGAAACAGUUUCUUCAAGGAGUUGUGUUGAGAUGGUAGUCCAUUGUUCCCACUUGGAUAACAAGGACCUAUUCUCUAAAAGUGAUCCUUUCUUAAGAAUAUCUAGAAUUGUUGAGAGUGGAGGCUCUGUUCCAAUAUGCAAAACUGAAGUGGUGAAGGACAAUUUGAAUCCAAUUUGGAAACCCCUAUGCCUAAGCAUACAGCAGUUUGGAAGUAAGGAUAACCCAUUAAUUAUCGAGUGCUUUGAUUUCAAUAGCAGUGGCAAUCAUGUGCUUAUUGGUAAGCUCCAGAAGUCUGUGGCAGACCUGGAAAAACUUCAUAUAGAAAGAAGUGGUGCAAAUCUCGCCUUACCAUCUCCUCAUCAUGGUCAUGAGAAGGUUUUGAAGGGACAGCUCUUUGUGGAUCAAUUUUGUGAAAAGCAAUAGUACAGUUUUCUGGAUUACAUUUCUAGCGGAUUUGAGCUUAACUUUAUGGUUGCUG